AUGAAACCUAGCCCAGCCCGCGUACCUGAUUUUAUAUCAGCAGACCUUCUUCGGGCUGGUGGCCAUCCGCUUCAUGUAAUCUUCGCAGCGCACAUAACAUCCUACCUUCAGGAAAAAAGGAUCCCAGACCAGCGGAAGACCUCGCAGACCCUUCUUAUCCAUAAGAAAAGUGACCGAGGGGACCUUAGAAACUACCGUCCGAUAUGCUCGCUGAGCGUGUUAUACAAAGUAUUCACUAAGAUCAUUCUCACACGCAUAUUUGAAGUCCAGCUUCAAGAAGAAGCUGAAUUCUGUCAGCGGUUCAGUUACUUGCUUUACAACAUCCAGACCGUGCCGAGGGUCAUAGAAGUUUGCCGGGAAUACCGCUUGCCUCUUGUCCUAACCUUCGUCGACUAUGAGAAAGCAUUCGACAGCGUAGAAACGAAUGUAAUACUGUCAGCGCUGGUCGAUCAAUGUGUGGAGGCGUCGUAUGUGAGGACAUUAGCCAAUUGCUACGAUCGAUGCACCACUAAGAUACAGCUUUUCCACAGCCCAUAA